AUGCAGCCGACGACCAUCGAUCUCUACGCGCUUGGUAUCACAAUCGUCGUCGGCGGCCAGUAUUUCUCAUGGAACGCGGGGCUUGUCGCUGGCUUUUACAGCUACCUCGGCGCGACACUGCUCAUGGGCGUGGCCUACUGCUGCAUGGCGCUCUGCCUCGCCGAGAUCUCGAGCGCGCUGCCGUUUGCCGGCGGUGCCUACGGUAUUGCGCGCUGCUCGCUCGGGUUCUAUCUGGGCUUUAUGAUUGGAUGCUGCGAAACUCUCGAGUACAUUGCGUAUGUCGCGUCGUCGGUGUUGACGCUUGGCGACAUGCUCACGAUGCUAUUGCCAGCCCUGGGCCCCGCGCGGCCGGCCCUUUGGCUGCUCAUUUAUGCGCUAGCGUUGAGCUUGCACUUGGCGGGUGGCGCGGUCUUCUGGCGCGCGAAUCGGGUCUUGGCUUUCCUCGCGCUGCUCAUCAUCGUCGCGUACAUACUCGGGUCGCUCGCCGUGACGUCACCAACGGCGAAUGCGUCCUCCGAUGCUCUCUACCGCUUUGAAUUCCGUCAAGUGCUCAAGCAAAUGCCCGAGUCGGCGUGGUUCUUUGUCGGCAUCGAGUCGCUCAAUAUGGCGAGCGACGACGUGGCCAACCCGCGGCAGCAGAUUCCGCGCGCCCAGCUGCUCUGCGUACUCACGCUCACAAUACUCGGCAUCUCGGUGCUCUCGACGUCCUCGUUUGUCGCGCCUGGCGUCACGGCCCUCGCGACGGCCGCCGUACCCUUCAACAACGGUUCGAUUCUACAUUUAUUGUCGACUUGA